AACGGCGACGGCGACGGCAACGGCGAGGGUGAAGGUGAUGGUGACGUUGAACGUUGGUUGACUGGAGCCAGCGCUACCUGCCUCCUGCAUCGGCCGGUCGGGAUGGCUCAGUCGGCUUGGCAACUGAUUGUCGACUGUCUGCGGCUGGAGCCGAAGUGUCGUCCCCGAGCUGGAGACAUCGCCAGACGGUUGGGUGAGAUGAUGCACCGACUGGAGGCCGGUCGUCAGGCGGUUGUUUCCACGGCACAAGAGGACAAUGACGACCUUGCCUAUCCCUUUCGACUGGGCAGAAGCGUAAGUGCUCGUCAGCCUUCUUCUCCUCGAGCCUUUCGAUCAGCCACGACGCCCACUCUCGUCGUCCGCGGAGGCAGCGACAAUGGCAGCGCCAGUGAGAGCGUCUGCUCCGUCUGUCAAUACAUGCGCAACGGACACAUCCGCAAAGACCUGGACGACGGGACUACGCCCAGCCCAACCUUUCCCUCGAAAUAUGUAAAUAUCUGA